AUGCUGGCCAGUGCGCUGGCGGCUUUUCCUGGAACCUUUAUCUCUGGAUUCCUCCAAGUGAUCUCCUUGCUUGGCCUACUGCUGCUGCUAUACAAAGCAGUCCAAUACUACCUGCACAGACAAUGGCUCCUCAAGUGCCUCCAGGAGUUCCCAUCCACACCCUCCCACUGGCUUUUUGGGAACCACCUAAAGGAUCAGGACCUCCAGCAAACACUUUUAUGGGUAGAGAAAUUCCCAAGUGCCUGCUCAAGGUGGUUCUGGGGGAACAAAGCACAUGCUGUAAUCUAUGACCCUGACUACAUGAAAGUGAUUCUGGGGAGAUCAGAUCCAAAGCCUGUGCAUUCAUACAGUUUCUUCGCUCCCUGGAUUGGCUAUGGCUUGCUCAUUUUGGAGGGGAAGAAGUGGUCUCAACACCGGAAGAUGUUAACGCCAGCAUUCCACUAUGAUAGCCUUAAGCCUUAUGUGGGAAUCAUGGUGGACUCUGUCCAUGUGAUGCUAGACAAGUGGGAGCAAUUUAUUGUCCAUGACUGCCCUCUGGAGAUUUAUCAACACAUCUCCUUAAUGACCCUGGAGAUAAUCAUGAAGUGUGCCUUCAGUUACCAGGGUAGCGUCCAGUUGGAUGAAAAUGUCAGAUCCUACUCUGAGGCUGUCCAAGAACUGACGGAAAGGAUUUACUCAAGAAUGAGGAAUGCCUUUCACCAGAGUAACAUCAUCUACAAUCUGUCCUCUAAUGGUCGUUCAUUCUACCGUGCCUGUCAGGUUGCCCAUGAAUACACAGAUAGAAUGAUCAGUAUGAGGAAGGCUCAGCUGCAGAAUGAGGAAGAGUUGGAGAACGUCCAGAAGAAGAGACUCUUGGAUUUCUUGGACAUCCUCUUGUUUGCUCAAACAGAGGAUGGAAAAAGCUUGUCUGAUGAGGACCUGCGUGCAGAGGUGGAUACAUUCAUGUUUGAGGGCCAUGACACUACAGCCAGUGGAAUAUCCUGGAUUUUAUAUGCUCUGGCCACCAACCCUGAGCACCAACAGAGAUGCAGAGAGGAGGUGCAGAAUGUAUUGGGUGAUGGAACCUCUGUCACCUGGAACCACCUGUCCCAGAUGCCCUACACCACCAUGUGCAUCAAGGAGGCCCUGAGGCUCUACCCACCUGUGCCAGCUAUAGGAAGAGAGCUCAGCACACCUGUCACCUUCCCAGAUGGACGCUCUUUACCCAAAGGUUUCUUGAUUACUCUCUCCUUAUAUGGCCUUCACCAUAACCCAAGAGUGUGGCCAAACCCAGAGGUGUUUGAUCCUUCUAGAUUUGCACCAGAUGCUGCCAGGCAUAAAUAUGCCUUCCUGCCCUUCUCAGGAGGAAGAAGAAACUGCAUUGGGAAACAGUUUGCCAUGAGUGAAUUGAAGGUGGCUGUGGCCCUGACCCUGCUCCGCUUUGAGCUGCUGUCAGAUCCCACCAGGGUCCCAGUCCUCAAGACAAGAACUGUGCUAAAGUCCAAGAAUGGGAUCUAUCUGUGUCUCAAGAAGCUGAAAUAA